AUGCACCCGCUGGGCCUGUGUAAUAACAAUGAUGAAGAGGACUUGUAUGAAUAUGGCUGGGUAGGAGUGGUGAAGCUGGAACAGCCGGAACUGGACCCGAAACCAUGCCUCACUGUCCUGGGCAAGGCCAAGCGAGCAGUGCAGCGGGGAGCUACUGCGGUCAUCUUCGACGUGUCUGAAAACCCGGAAGCAAUCGACCAGCUAAACCAGGGCUCAGAAGACCCGCUCAAGAGGCCAGUGGUGUAUGUGAAGGGCGCAGACGCCAUCAAGCUGAUGAACAUCGUCAACAAGCAGAAGGUGGCCCGAGCAAGGAUCCAGCACCGCCCUCCUCGACAACCCACCGAAUACUUUGACAUGGGCAUUUUCCUGGCCUUCUUCGUCGUGGUCUCCCUGGUCUGCCUCAUCCUCCUGGUCAAAAUCAAGCUGAAGCAGCGACGCAGUCAGAAUUCCAUGAACAGGCUGGCCGUGCAGGCUCUGGAGAAGAUGGAAACCAGGAAGUUCAACUCUAAGAGCAAGGGGCGCCGGGAGGGGAGCUGUGGGGCCCUGGACACGCUCAGCAGCAGCUCCACGUCCGACUGCGCCAUCUGCCUGGAGAAGUACAUCGACGGAGAGGAGCUGCGGGUGAUCCCCUGUACUCACCGGUUUCACAGGAAGUGCGUGGACCCGUGGCUGCUGCAGCACCACACCUGCCCCCACUGUCGGCACAACAUCAUAGAACAAAAGGGAAACCCCAACGCCAUGUGUGUGGAGCCCAGCAACCUCUCACGGGGCCGGCAGAGGGUGACCUUGCCAGUGCAUUACCCUGGCCGCGUGCACAGGACCAACGCCAUCCCAGCCUACCCUACGAGGACUAGCAUGGACUCCCACGGGAACCCCGUCACUCUGCUCACCAUGGAUCGGCACGGGGAGCAGAGCCUCUAUUCUGCACAGUCGCCCGCCUACAUCCGCGGCUACCCGCCCCUCCACCUGGACCACACCCUGGCCGCCCACCGCUGUGGCCUAGAGCACCGGGCCUACUCCCCAGCCCACCCCUUCCGCAGACCCAAGUUCGGCGGCCGCAGCUUCUCUAAGGCAGCUUGCUUCUCCCAGUAUGAGACCAUGUACCAACACUACUACUUCCAGGGCCUCAGCUACCCAGAGCAGGAGGGUCAGCCCCCACCCAGCCUCGCUCCAAGGGGCCCGGCCCGUGCCUUCCCCCCAGGCGGCGGCAGUGGCAGCCCCCUCUUCCCCACUGUGGUGCUCAUGGCUCCACCCUCCCACCUGGAGAGAUCUACCGCAGCCGCAGCCCCUGUCGCACCAGCGAGGCGGUGGGCUCCGGCCUGGGGCCUGCCCUGCACCUCGAGGGCUCCCUGCCACCCGAGGAGCUCCCGGCCACACAGAGUCCUGGUGCUGGGCGGGGAGAGCCUUGGCCAGGCUCUGCCUCUCCCUCGGGGGACCAGCUGUCCACCUGCAGCCUGGAGAUGAACUACAGCAGCAGCUCCUCCCUGGAGCACAGGGGGCCCAACAGCUCUACCUCAGACGUAGGGGGGCUCGAGGCCUCUCCUGGGGCCGCCCCGGAUCUCAGGAGGACCUGGAAGGGUGGCCGCGAGGGGCCCACAUCGUGUGCCUGCUGCUGCGAGCCUCAGCCCUCUGCGGGAGCAGCCAGUGGCAGCACCUUAUUCCUGGGCCCCCCGCUCUGUGAGGGCUGCAGCCCCACAGGUGGGGAGCCGCAGCCAGGAAGCUCCCCAGGCCUCUACAGCCUUCACCCAGACCAUUUGCCGAGGACAGAUGGGGUGAAAUACGAGGGCCUACCCUGCUGCUUCUAUGAAGAGAAGCAGGUGGCCCAUGGUGGCGGCGGGGGCAGCGGCUGCUACACUGAGGACUACUCGGUGAGUGUGCAGUACACGCUCGCUGAGGAGCCCCCGCCCAGCUGCUACCCAGGGCCCCGGGACCUGAGCCAGCGCAUCCCCAUCAUUCCGGAGGAUGUGGACUGUGACUUGGGCCUGCCCUCAGACUGCCAGGGGACCCACAGCCUCAGCCCCUGGGGUACAUCGCCAGGCCCGGAUGCCCCGCGGCCCCACGGAGGCCUAGGAGCGGCCUGGGAAGAUGAGCAGGCUUUGCGCUGCCAGGCUGGGGAUCCGCCACAGCCCUGCUGCUCCCCAGAGGAGGCGGGGGCCGCCAGGGCCAGCCACCCCAGUGCCCCCCGGGAUACUCAGGAGUCCAAGGCCACGGCCACUGAGGCUGCAGGACUAGGAUCUCAGCCCGCAGACAACAGUGGCCUGGGAGCCUGAGCUCAGAAGGAACUCUUACCUGGAACUGUAUGGACACUCAAAUCCUGACUUCCUUCAAAAAAAAGAGAAAAAAAAAAAGAAGAAACGAAUUUUUUUAGCUUUGACAAACACACGAAAGUGGUAAUAAAGAGAGCCCUCUUUCUCAGCCCGAAAUGUGAGCCAGCUGUGGCAAAACCACCCCCCACCCCGUUAACAAACCAACAGACAAAUUCUGAGUCCUUUCCUCUUUAGAUAACAUGUUAUUUCUUCUGUUUUGUAAAGUGUGUGUGCUUGGGGUUCCGAGGUGUGUGGGAUUGAGUUCUCUGCUUUUUUUUUUUUUUUUUAAGAUAUUAUAUGUAAAUGUAAAAAGUUAUUUAAAUAUAUAUAUUUUAAAGAACCCUAACCACCAACUUUUGCUGAAAAAAAAAAAAAUCACUGCUGCAUUAAAUGAACCACAUCAUGUGUAGAUACUGUUGUCUCCCUGGAGGGAGCUCAGGCCUUUGAAAAGCUCAGGGCUACACCUGCCUUAGAAAUGAACCAGAAACUUGAAGUAAAGCUAGUUGAUAUGGGUACAAACUUUGGGGACAAUGCAGAGCUGCCUCUUUCUUUCUUGUGGCAAAUCCCAACGUACAGAAUGUCAGGUUUUCUCGGAAGCCAUGCCUCUCUAGCCCACACCUUCAGGCAGGUGAUGGAAACAGCAAAGAACCGGGCAGAAGGUUUGCGACACUGGGCAGCCAGGCAAGCCACUGCUAGGAAAGUCCCAGGGUGACAAGGACAAUUCUGCCCAGUAUCCUCACCCUGACCCCUCAGGUCAUGGUCCAAAGUAAGAGACAAGAGUUCACAGUCCUAAUCUUGGCAGAAGGACAGUGUUCUUAGGGUCCUCCUUCUGAACUCUGACCCCUGGGACAGGGCAGAGGAGCCCCCUUGCACAAACACACGAACACGCUGACUUUGGAGUCCUUUGCAAAAAUCGUUCAGGCUUCUUGUCGCUGGCUGCAGAAACGGUUCAACGAGGUGUGUGGGGGCAAACACCCGGGAGGAAUGUAGUUUUGUGGCCUUGGUGUCCAAGGGGGCUCGGGAGCGCUCUCCACUAACUCAUUACUGUUUAGGGAAGGGCUAGGGUGCUGGGGCUUGCGUGCCUGUGCGCAUGCCUCUGUGGGGGGGGGGAGCCACCCCCCUCGGCUGCUGCUUCCUCGGGCUGCCUUCCUCCAGCAGGUGCCAGGACUCUACAGGGCCUGCACUGAGCUCAGCUUGAAUGCUACUUUUCCCAUCGCGUUUUCCCACAGAAGCACCGCGUCAGGGUUAUUCGGCCCCCUGCACCAUGGCCGAAAUCACUCAUCUCGCCUGCGAAUGUCUACCACCCUGUCUACGUGAUGCACUAUUCUGUGUCGAUUCCCGUGAGGCGGAGAAAGACUAUCAGAUAGUUUAGACCCAAAGGGUAGGUUUUUGUAUAUUUUUCCAGCCCCCCCCCCUUUUUUUUUCUUUUAAGAGAGGGAGGGAGAAAGCCCAAACCAUUUUACUUUUUUUUUUUUUUUUUAAGAUGUUUUUAAAAGGGAGAAUCUAUUUAAAGCUAUUUCAGAUCAGGGAUUGUCAUCCUUUUUGUCCGAUUCUUGUUCUUAAAUGUCAUGUUUUUUAGGGGGAACUAGUCACAUUAGCCCUUCACUAACCCUUCUGGUUGCUUCUCUUCAUUCAUUCAUUUAUUCAUUCAGCAGGUGCUUGUCAUUUGGAAGAAUUUGGCCCCCUGGGUCUAAAAGCUUAUUUGCCCAAUAGAAACUGGGACCUGGCUCCCUGCAGGUGGGAAAAUAGGGACCAUUGGGAUUGCCAGGAGACUGUCAGGACCCUUAUCCAGUUAGGCUUCCCAGCAAGUCAGCGCAGGGGCCAGACUAGAAUGUUUGGAAUGAGCAUCUCUAUAUCAGAAUAUUUUUUUUCUUAAAAACCCCAGCCUACAAUGAGGAAACUUUUGUUUUCUAGCCAGGAUUUGACAGGAAGAAAUUCCAGCGUCAAAUGAUCAAGCCAUUUGCCACUUAGGAACUCACUGUAGUGAGAUUUGCCCUCCAGCCUCCGGGGUACAGUCCCCUGGGACUGCUCCCAGGACUGUGCCCAGAACACCUGUUGGUGAGGGUGUGAGAAGCUCAUAAGCUGUUGACAUGUGAUCUGGGCCGCCUUUAUUUCUUGGGCCAGAAGUGGCAGCUGCUGAGGACAACAGCUUGCAUUACGUGGUUUUAGGGAAAGGGGGAUACUGCUUUUAACAGGAACUGCAGAAAGCAGUUUCUCAUUGUUAAGAUGUUUUUUGUUGUUUGUGGUUUUGCUUUUUUUGUUUUUAAUGCCUUUGAGUGCAUAUCAUCUUCCUUGUCUGAAAUCGUACCCCCAAAGUGGCUUUCUUUAGCCCUGGCUGGAAAACCACUCCUCGAGAGCCUUAAGCAAUAAAUUGAUGAGUAGAGAAUAUGGUUUCAGUGUAUUAAAAUAAGUGCACCCAACUUUCAUUUGAAAAAGUGAUAACUGCAGACAGCAAAAGAAGCACAUUUAAUUUUUGUAGUUUACAGGCGGUAGAAGGAAAAAUGAUAUUUGAAAACCUUAAUUAUCUACAUUGCCUUUGCAUUUUGCAGUGGCUCCUCUGACAGGGACAUUAUGAGAAUAAAAUAACCAGCUAUCUUACUGAGUCACCAUGGAAAUCAAAAGCAAUGUCUUUGAAGUUAUAAGACUGAUAAUGAAAAAUACUCUUUCUGUGUGGACUCUCAGUGGUGUGUGGUGGGAGCAUCUUGUUUUCCAUUGAGAACACCCCACACCCCCAUGUCAAGGGCAUAGGGCACUGUGGAUGGCCCAGCCCUGGGUGUAAGACACCCAUGUACACUGAAGAGUUCUAAAACCAACUAAACAUGGGAAUUUGGAUGUUCUGACCAGCAAGGUACCUCUUUGUGGACAUGGCCCCUAUGAGCUGGCUCAAACUCUCCAGACCUUUCCCCUUCUCUAAACCCAAGCCAUUUUGUAAAACCCCAUCUGCUGUUCACUGCCCAGAGUCUUCCUGAUGUGCUACUUACUGGUCUCUAUGGAAGUUCAUGCAGGACUAAUGCUUUUUAAAUGAGGUUAAAAAAAAAAAUAAUAGUAAUUCCUGAACCAGAGUAUUGUUUUUUAAACAACUGCCUUUUUCUAUUCUUUAUAUAAACUCUAUUGUGUUGGUCUAACAAGGCACUAUUUUAAAAUGUUUUUUGUUUGAAAACUUCUCCCAUAGCACUUAAAAGAUAUUUUGUAAAGAUUUUGCUGUAAAGAUUUUUGUACUAAAGCGGUCUAAGGGCUCUUUCUCCAACAUUACCAUUUAAAAAAAAAAAGGUUUUAAAAGCUAGAAAACAACUUAUGUAUAUUCUGUAUAUGUAUAGCAGCACAUUUCAUUUAUGGAAAUAUGUUCUCAGAAUAUUUAUUUACUAAUAUAUUUAUCUUAAGCCAUGUCUUAUGUUGAGAGUGUGACAUUGUUGGAAUAAUCAUUGAAAAUGACUAACACGAGGCCCUGUAAAUACAUGAUAAUUGCACACAGAUUUUACAUAUUUGCAGACCAAAAAUGAUUUAAAACAAGUUGUAGUCUUCUAUGGUUUUGUAACAAAUUGUACAAAUGACUGUAAAAAAAAAAUACAAUUUUAUCAAGUA